AUGUCGAGCCACCACAACAUUGCAGAUAGACCCUCGCCCAGCUGGUACCACAAGGAGAAGGUCCGCUCAAGGAAUAUCUCUUCAUUAUACAACCCAUAUGCGUGCCUCCCUGAAGACUUACAUCGAUGGGAACAAUCGACAAGAGAGAAGUUGUGGACCUCUACCAGCCAACGCGAACUUAGGGCUACCCAGUUGCUCGCCCAUACUAGAGGCAAUCAUCUGGCCCGUAUGUGCUUUUCCAAUGCUGCUGGUCGUCCAGUCCAUCCCCUGUCAUACGGUUCCUUUCCUCUUGUCGCUGCCAUAGUACAUUUGGAGUAUUGGUACUCACUAGAGUUUCGCGAGGAUACUUAUACACAUUCUAUUGAAUAA